UAGUUAUCAAAAUCAAACGUGAAGAGGUGUUUUGAAAUAGUUGUUUCUCUACGCUGAAAAGACCGACGUAUUUUAUCUAAUCUCGUCGUCACUGAAGCUCCUUUAAAAUAAAAUCAUCUCUAUUUAUUUCUGUAGUAGUAUUGCGUGCUGAAACGGAGCUACUAGUAUUUUGAAAAGUUGUCAUCUUGUGACAUCUGCAUAUAAAAAUAAUAAUACAUUUUUGUUAUUCUUCAUCAUUAUUGUUUUUAAGUAUAACUUUCAAAUAAAUUUAUCAGUAUAAACAAACAUUCCAUGAAGUUGUUGUGAAUUUCCAAUUAAAACUUAAUCAAAAAAGUUACUGUGUUGACUCAUUUUGAUAAUUUUGACACAUGCGCUGAUUGGCCGCCACGAAGUUGCGCUUGGCCAACGUUACAAAUCAGUGUUGUUCCGGUCGCCGUUGUCGUGGAGUCAGUGAAGUUUAGUGGUGGAAUUUUUACGUGCUUAACAUCAAAAAAUGGCGUCUGGUGUAACAGUCUCGGACGCGUGCAAAACCACGUACGAAGAGAUAAAGAAAGAUAAGAAACACCGCUACGUGGUGUUCUACAUCCGCGACGAGAAGCAGAUCGACGUCGAGACCGUCGGCGGGCGCAACGCUGAAUAUGACCAGUUCCUCGAGGAUCUGCAGAAGGGCGGCACCGGCGAGUGCAGAUAUGGACUCUUCGAUUUUGAAUACACACAUCAGUGUCAAGGCACGUCGGAGGCGAGCAAGAAACAGAAGCUGUUCCUCAUGUCGUGGUGCCCAGACACUGCCAAGGUCAAGAAGAAGAUGUUGUACUCUAGCUCAUUCGAUGCGCUGAAGAAGUCGCUGGUAGGCGUACAGAAGUACAUCCAAGCGACCGACCUCUCCGAAGCCUCCCAAGAGGCCGUCGAAGAGAAACUGCGCGCCACGGACCGCCAGUAAACGCAUUUACCCGCAAUGUUCGACCACGCACCGCUGUGCUACGUUUAGCCGCAGUCUAGCGACCGUACAGUGGCGAAACGACUGUAUCACAUACCAAGUGAUUGUGCAGACUUUAAAAUAUCUCUAAAUAUGUUAAUUUGCUUAAAAGUUUCGACUAGAAGGGUAUUAAUAGGUGGUUGACGUUUCGAUGGUCGAUGCAUAGACGAAAACUAAUUCAAAUUCAAAUUAUUUUUAAUCAAUUAAACUUUUACAAGUGGUUUUGAAUCGUCAAAUUCUAUCACUGGUUCAGAAUGCCGUUCCUGCCGAGAAGAACCAGCAAUAAACUCGGCGGUUGCUCUUUUCAAGUUCAAUUUUAAAUAAUAUGCCAUACUGUACUUAUACAAGCAAUUGCAGCCCCAUAAAAUGAUGUAGAUAACGGGUACAUUGCGCGGUUUAAUCGAGGUAUAGUAUGGUUAUCUACAUUAUAGUAUGUCGUUGUACCACAAAAUAACCUUAAAAUCCAACAAAAGCUUGAAAUUUUCUACUUUUUUAUGUGAAUAACUGACUGAACAGCGUUUACAGUUGUGAUUCAAGUAGAAGUAGCGAUUAUCGCUCGUCGCGUCGAUGUAUGUCGUCGAUUGCAAAACGUGAUGCAAAAAAUAAGUAGGUAAACAGUUCAUUCAUUGAAGUGAACAUGAUUCUAUUCUUGGGGCUUGUUUUCAUACAAUUUCCAUUACUUGACAGCGGCUGUUAGCUGUCAAAUCGUGAGUUUUGUAUGAGGAUGGUAGAUUCUUUGCAUUGGGUUUGACUUGUUACAUAUUUACUCAUAGAGCAAAACGCGUAGACGACAAAUUUUGUCGGAUACUGUAGAGUUUAGUACUAGUAACUUUUAUUAAAACAGUUGAUGAAUCGAGUUUGUGAAACGUCCAACCCUGUUUGCUCUGCCAAAGUACGCUCGUUAUUUGUCUGUAUGGUCGCUAAACUGUGGUUUUAUUAUAGUCGCGCAAAACCAGACUGACUGACGUUAGCGUUAAAUGAAAAAAAUAUGUAUUUUUAUUAAUUUAUUGAUUUUUAUUAUUUUUUAAUAAAGUAGGAAACUGAUUAAGAGGUUAUUCGGAUUAUAAAAUUGGCGAUUGUGUAAUCUGUAUAAUCGAGUUUCUAGUGAAAACAUUUACAUAAUUUACGUAGUUUUAGAUAUGUAAAGCUACAAAUAGAAAUUGAACAGUAUUGUUAAUUGUAAAAGGAGGGUAGUUAGUUACCGGGUUGCAUUUCAAAACAGUUCUAUAUUUGAAUUUUGCGCGACUAUAGUAGUUUUAAAAACAGGUUUUUUAUAAUCGAAAGGAGUAGAGCUCUCAGUGAAAUAAAGGGUUCUUUUAUACUGUCAGUUGUCCUUAAGCUUGAUACAAAAAACGUACGGUCUAUGUCGGCAUAUUUGUACAGAUAUAGUGAGUUAACUAUAUUUACCGACUGCGCGGUGUAGCAUAAGGGACGAUUAUGUAAUAAUUUAAAUUAUACUAAUUAUUAUAUAUAUUUUUCCUAUAAAAUAACUAAAGAGUAAGAUAAGCUCAAACUAAAUUAAUUCAUGCACGACUAUGGGCGUGAUUUCUUUUUUUUUCUACUUCAGUCCGGCUUUUUAUACAUUACUUAGAUUGUAAAUGUGAAGGAACUUCAUCAAAAUGGCUAACUUAUGGUUUUCAUUUGAUCUUUGCUACUACAGAUAGCUUGUAAAUGCGGUCCCAGCGGCCGGUUGAUAAGUAUUUUGUAACCAAUUUAUCCAGAAAUACACUCGAUAUAAGUGAA